AUGGCCCCUAUAGCCCCUAUCACCCCCCCAGCGCUGAAUCACUUGGUCAUCUUCAAUCCAUCCCUGAAGCCCCCAAAGCCAGAAGUAACCCAGGAAGACGGGGAGCGAGACAGAGACCUAGAGGAUGAUCUCGCUCAAGCGGCGCAGAUCCUCUUCUACACGUCCCAUGCCGAGCGCGAUGUCAGCAGAGACGUCAUGCUUCGGCAGGUCGGGCUCGUCAAGGGCUUGAUGUCAUUUACUGAUAUGGUCGCCCCGGGGGAUGACCCGGGGUACUGGUCCGUGCAUUCGCAACGAGCGAGGAUGGUCGUCUACUCGCCAGAACAAGACUUUUUCAUCUACGCUAAUGUCGCGCUAUCCACAAUCCCGCCGGACCCCGUCAAGGGCGGUAAAGGCGAACCAAGCGCGAACGCCCAGGGUCUAUCAGACCAAAUGCUCAUAGACUGCCUACGGAGAGGAUAUGAUGACUUCAAACUACUGCAUGGUCCGCUACCCCAUCUCCUAUCGUCUCCAAACCUCACCGCGACGCUAGACCGCUUCUGGACCCGCUUCGCCCUCCAACUGGAAAGUACCGUCCUCACGCCCCAUCCCGACCCUCUGGGCCUCACCACAUGGUUUGGGGGCUAUCCCUCCUCAUCGGCAGAUAUAGAGCUCGCCACUACUCGGGCUGUCGACGUCUUUCGAGAAGACACGGCUCUCGGCGAUACCCAUAUCGGUAUCGUAGGGAAAGACGGGCCAAUAUCGCUUCCAUCCGCGAAUAUGGCUUUGAAGCGGUACCUCGUCAAUCUCGUCAGGGCAUCAUUACCUCAGGAGCCUAUCCGACAGAAAGAGCUCCAUAUCCCCGGUGGACAGGAGGACCAAGCUCGGAAGUCAAGCUGGACGGGAUGGGUACCGACCAUGGCGGGGUUGCCCGGGCUGUCCAGGUCCGGGACACCUACUGGGCGAGGCCAUCAUGUUGAGCCAAGAGCGGGCGGGACGAAGGCUGGGAAGGCGUCGAGAUGGCAUGGGCUGGGUCUGGGUGGUCUGGGCGAGUCGCUCGGAAGCGUCGGACAGGCGUUCAGUUUGGGCGGAAGCAGAGCAGGCAGCGGUGUUGCACCGGUGGAGCGCAGAUCUGCGGAAUCGCUAGCCGAUCCGGUGGACGAUACAGCAGCACCAAGCGGACCGAAACACCUAAAGCGGACCUCCAUCUCCUCGGUGGUCCAGACGGCCGUCUCCCUGCCGGAUCUGGAAGCUGCUCAAGCUGAGCCAGAGCUGGAACUGGUGUGGGAUGAGAAGAUGGUCUGGAUAAAGGAAGGCGAAGAAUACGAGGAGAGGUGCCUGAGAUGGAUCAUUCGAGAUAGCUUCCUCCUCUACAUAAUGCUUGGUUCCGAUUCGGUCUCCCAGCCGUCCACCUCAUCCACCCUAUCCCUCUUCUCCAAGCUCUCUUCGAUCUUCUCUACCGAAGAUGAAGCGCAAUCCCGUCCGUCCUCACUGGCCAACUCUGCCAUUUUCUCUGACGGCAUCUCGACCACCUUGACGGGUCCGGGUCUCGACCCAGCGUCGGCAUUGUCGCUCGCUGAGCUCAAGCACUUCCUAGAAUGUGAUUCGGGCGUGUCAGAGGUAUUUGCGCGAACGGCAGCUUCAAGGUUCGUCGCUGCGAAGCAAGACGAAGACGGGGAGACGUACAUGCUCGUCGGGAAGAGGGAUGCCAGUCUCGUCGAUGCGGAUCACGCCAUCAAAGCCUUCGAGCGCGCCAGACAAACAGCAUGA